AUGUCUACCGAGGCCCGGCCCACUAGCAGCAGCACAUCAGACGCAGCUGGUGAUCAUGACCAUGGCCUCCUUUUCAACCAUCACGCCAGCGAGAGUAUCGUAGCGACGGCUAUCGAGACUCAAACUUUCACCACGGACUGCGAGAAGACUGCCCAACUGGAAACAGAGAAGAGCACGACAAAAGUGGCCGAUUUCGAGAAGCAGGCACAGACAAACUCGGCCAACCAUACCUCAGAACAGCAGCCAGUUACCGUUGCCGAUCGUCAUGAUCUCUACCGAACGGCAUCUACCAUUGCCCCGUCGCAUAGGUCUGUCCGUAGAGAUCCUCUGACUCAAGUGACCACAGACGCCGAAGGCAACAUUUACCCCGAAGGCGGUCUUGACGCAUGGCUGGUGGUGUUGGGCAGCUUCCUCGGUCUCUUUGGAUCGCUAGGACUUGUCAACACCAUUGGCACUUUUCAGGCAUAUAUCGAGAGCCACCAGCUGAAAGAUUACAGCUCCGGUAGCAUUGGGUGGAUCUUUGGCAUGUACGCCUUCCUGACCUUCUUCUGCGGUGUGCAGAUCGGCCCUAUUUUCGAUGCCCGUGGCCCCCGCCUCCUGGUCUUUGCUGGUUCAGUGUGUGAGAUGGCCAUGAUCAUUCUUCUUGGAUUCUGUACCAAAUACUGGCAUUUCAUGCUAGUCAUCGGUGUUCUCGGUGGAGUUGGGGCCUCUCUCAUCUUCACCCCGGCUGUCUCGGCGAUUGGCCACUACUUCUACGCGAGACGAGGCCUCGCGACAGGAAUCGCAGCUACGGGUGGCUCAAUUGGAGGCAUUGCAUUCCCCCUCAUUCUUGAAGCCUUGUUCCCUAAAAUCGGAUGGGGUUGGGCUACUCGCGUGGUGGCAUUGAUUUGUUUGAUUGCCUUGGGGGUUGCAAAUCUCCUGAUCAGAUCUCGAUUGCCGCAAAAGCCGUUCUCGAAGGAGAAUGUCCUGCCUGAUUUCCGCAUCUUCCGCGACAUCAGAUUCACAUUGACGACCGCAAGUGUGUUCUUCAUUGAGUGGGGUCUCUUCAUUCCCAUCAGUUACAUCUCCUCGUACGCCCUUGACCACGGCUUUUCAACCAAUUUCUCCUACCAGAUUCUGGCCAUCCUGAACGUAGGUUCGUUCUUCGGCAGAUCGCUCCCGGGAUUCUUCGCAGAUUUCCUGGGCCGGUUCAACACUCUGAUCGCUACCGUGGCUCUGUGCGUGCUGUGCAAUGCGUGCCUUUGGCUUCCUGCCGGCGAUAGCCUGGCCUUAUUAGUCAUCUAUGCUCUCCUCUUUGGUUUCUCUAGCGGUAGCAAUAUCAGCUUGACGCCUGUCUGCGUCGGACAGCUGUGUAAGACUGAGAACUAUGGUCGCUAUUACGCAACUGCCUACACCAUUGUGAGCUUUGGUACUCUUACCGGUAUACCCAUUGCUGGCGAAAUCCUGACUCGCUGUAAUGGACAAUACUGGGGUCUCAUUGCUUUUACUACCGUCUGCUACGCCUUUGGUCUAGCCUGUUGCACAGCUGUCAAGGUUGUCGAAGUCGGCUGGCGUCGCCCCUUGGCUAUCUACUAG